CAACGUAAGGGCAUUAUGGUCCAAACAAAAGAUAAGGGCAUUAAGGGUAACUGGUAACUGACAGCUACAAAAGCUUUUUCUUUAAUUUCUUUUUUGCCCCUUCUCUUCUCCGAGAGAGGGAAAAGGAAGUAACUGAAAGUGUUUGGAAAAACAGAAAUCAAAACUUGCCAACUUUUGGCUGUCUUGAACAAGAAGAAGUUACAGGUGAGGAAGAGGAAAAUGGGUACAUUGAGAAUACCAGAUGUUGUCCCUUCUCCAACUGAAGACUCUCAAACUCUCAUGAAAUCCUUCAAAGGACUGGGAACUAAUGAGAAGUCAGUGAUAUCGGUGUUGGGACACAGAAAUGCGAGCCAGAGGAAGAAGAUCAGGGAAACCUAUCAGCAACUUUACAACAGGUCCCUAGUCGAUGACAUCUUUUCUGAAUUGUCUGGUGAUUUCAGGAAAGCAGUCGUCCUGUGGACAUAUGAGCCUUCUGAAAGAGAUGCGCGACUAGCUAACGAAGCCUUGAAGUCAAGAAAGAAGACCAUCACCCAAUUGCAAGUGAUGGUAGAGAUAGCUUGUGCAUCAUCUCCUGAUCAUCUGGUUGCGGUGAGACAAGCAUAUCAUGGCCUUUUCAACUGUUCACUUGAAGAAGAUAUCGCAGCAAAUGUCCCUAUGCCUGUUCAAAAGAUUCUUAUUGGUCUAAUCAGGUCCUACAGAUAUGAUAAGGAAUUGGUGGAUCCUACCAUUGCAAAUAAGGAAGCUGCGAUCCUUCGUGAAACAAUAAGGACUAAACAGUUGGAUUCAGAUAACUUUCUGUUGAUACUCAGCACCAGGAAUGCGUAUCAGCUUAGAGCAACUUUUGAGUGCUACAAGCAAAAUUAUGGAUUCUCCAUUGACCAGGACAUUAAGAGCUGUGGAAAGGGUCUGUUGGAAUCUAUACUGAAGGUGGUUAUCUGGUGCAUUGAUUCGCCAGAGAAACAUUUUGCUGAGGUUGUCAGAGCCUCGAUUGUUGGGAUUGGAACUGAUGAGGAUUCCCUAACUAGAGCGAUUGUUACUCGAGCUGAAGUUGAUAUGAUGAAAGUCAGGGGAGAGUAUUUCAUCGCGAACAAGACUAGCCUUGAUAAUGCAGUUAUCGAUGACACAUCGGGUGAUUACAUGAAGUUCCUGAUGACACUGCUUGGGGCCAAGGUCUAGCUAGCUCUCUGGACCUGAACAUUGUGUUGUAGUGUUUCAGUUCCAUGAUUUUCCUUUGUAUGCUUUGAAGAUGCUAUUAUGAACAAUAACAUGUGGACUUUGUUGUGCAAAAACUAAUUGUUGGAGAGUGAAUUAUAUUUAAGUUUGUGGUUUAUCA